AUGGAUAAGCCUAGCUACACCUUGGGACCUUUUCGGUCCAGUGUCAAUGACGAAGACUCCCAGCUAAAUGUUUUCGUCUCCAACAAACAUUUUCAAAUUGAACUGAAAGCCUCCAACUUCGAGAAAUCUCCGACACUCCUGGCAGACUACCUUCAGCAUCUUGAGCAUCUAGAGCCCGACUAUCUCCCUAGCCCAGAUGAGGAAUUCGACUGGGAAGAUCCUCUUGAAGAGCUCGCUGAAUGGGUAGAGCUUGAAACAUACUCGAAAAUACAAUCAAGAUUGACCUCCAAGCCUCUCAACACAAGCCGACUACUUGGAAUCGUUCGUAUUCCUUCUUCGGGCCGUAUUGUUGGCCUCCUUCUCUCAUACAUUGAGUCCCGCGAGGGUAAGACCUUACUUUGUAUUGGAAAGGACCCCCAAUAUGUCUCAAUGUCGCAGAAAUGGCUUAGCCAGAUCACCCAGUCUAUAGAGGGUCUCCAUAGUUGUGGUGCUGUCUGGGGAGAUGCCAAGCCUGAUAAUGUCCUGAUAGAUGCGCAAUACGACGCGUAUCUUAUUGACUUUGGUGGAGGCUACACCAGGGGCUGGGUGGAUAAAGAAUUAUCCAAUACAGCCGAGGGAGACCUUCAAGGUCUGCAGAGAAUCUCCGAAUUUCUCUUCGGAUGA